CAAAGUCACUUAUACGCGUAAGAUACAUACCAUAAAAGUUAUAAUUGUAAUUGCAGAAUAAUGAUAAUUUAGUGCAAGUGAUUAAAAAUUACAAUAAUCUAUUAUUAAUAAUUCAAAAUUUAUCACGUUGCUGUCAACGUGGCUUGUCAACAAAUUGCAAAUGGCGCCCUGUUUUUGUGGCUGUCAAAAAUGUCUGUGACAAAUGCAAAUUUGUGCAUUUAAAAGAAAAACACAAAAAAUAAACAAAAUCAAGACAUAUAAUAAUUAGUUUUAAUUAAAUCAUUCUCUUGUACGUAACAAUGGGGUUGUGCAAAUGUCCAAAGCGACGUGUCACCAAUCAAUUCUGUUUCGAGCACCAUGUAAACGUUUGCGAAAAUUGUAUGGUAACAAAUCAUUCCAAAUGCGUUGUCCAAAGUUACAUCCAAUGGCUACAGGACAGCGAUUAUAACGCCGGAUGCCAAUUGUGCAAUUCCGAAAUUACAAACGACGAUUUUGUACGGUUGACUUGCUAUCAUGUUUUUCACUGGUCGUGUCUUCAAUCCAUGGCAGGAAGUUUGCCCCCGAAUGUGGCUCCUGCAGGAUACCGAUGUCCACAGUGUGGAACUGGUAUUUUUCCACAACCUAAUCUGAUAUCACCUGUAGCAGAUAUUUUGAGAGGAAAGUUGGGGUUGGUAAAUUGGGGACGCAGUGGAUUGGGACUUCCUUUGUUGGCUGAAACAAGAGAUCCACCAGAUGGAUGUAAAGUUUCAGUUGAUUUUGACACCAAUAUACAAAAUAGUUCAGAGUAUUCAAAUUCAAAACUACAAAGCAAUAACUUGCGCAGUCAAAACACCAAACCAAUAGUCCACUCUUCAGAUAAUUUAAACAACACGCAACACAAUUAUAGUAAUUUUUACUCUGCUAACAGCCAAAUGAGGAGAUCUUCGAACCGACCAACACCCAUAGGAAGAGUAUUAGAUUCUGAUGAUGAUAAAUAUAAACGUAGAAGCCCCAAAGAAAUGCUGACAAGAUUUAUUAACAGAGCCGCAUGCUUUUCACCAGUCAAAAAGCAACGGUUUCUUACAUUUAUUCUUGUCAUUAUUAUUUUUGUAUCAGUCAUUAUGAUUCUAAAAGAAUUGAGCCACAGGAGCAACACGGAUGACGGACAGUUUGAUUUGGAAAAUGAACCAAAAGUUGUUGUUGGUGAUGUGUGAUAAUAGUAAGACGGAGGAGUGCAUGAGUAUUAAAGACAACGAGAAGGAUUUAAUUGAUUAAACAGCUAUGUAAAAUUUAUAUUUGAAAAUAUAUUUAGUUUGUAUAUAAAGGAUUAAAAUUGUAUUUAUAACACUGUAAUAAAAUUUAAUGGACUGAUAAAUGGAUUUAGUAAUAUUCGAGUACGCUAAUACUUGAAUAAUUAACUAAAAGCAUCUUAUUUGCAGCGGCAAAUUUAUUUCAUUACGAACAAAUAUAGCAAGAAAAGCAUAUAGCAAUAAGAACAAAUAUAGCAAGAAAAGGAUUUUUGAGAACUAGAGAAAAUGUCUUUUAUAAAUGGACCAAAAUGGACUAACAACAAAAAUCAAAAAGAUCUUAUUACAACCUUAGGUAAAGUUUGUUGUUAAAAAAUAUUGCCAAGGAUUUUUGGAAUCAAGAGUCUUUCAGGAACUGUUUAAAUUAAAAAAUAAACAUUUUAUUGAAAAAUCCUUGGAGAAAUAUUAAAGGACACAGUUUAAAAGAGGCUUCAACAAGCACUAGAAAUGUAAUAAUUGAUAAUUAUUGAUAAUUUCUUUAUAAACUUUAGAAUAAAGUCACAUUUUUAAGACACCAUUGCGACUGCUGCAUCAAUAUGAUUCAAAGGAGCUUUAAAAGCUAACAAGCAAGAGAAAUUUUCAAAGUUUUUAGAGCAAUCAUCUGAGCUUUAAC